UUGAGGAAUUUCAAUCCCAUUCCUUGGAGUGUCUUGAUUUAAGUAAUAAUAAACUCCACGGAUCCCUUCCAAGCUCAAUCUUUCAACAAGUGAAUCUUACUUUCCUAGAUCUUUCCUCAAAUUCCUUGAGCGGUGAUGUCGGGAUACACGACUUUUCAAAGUUAAAAAGACUGGAAUACCUUUCAAUCUCAAAAAACCAAUUGAGUGGAGAGAUACCUUCUUCAAUUUGUGAUCUUAAUUCGCUUAAAUAUCUUGAUUUGUCCAAUAAUUCUCUCAAUGGAACAGUUCAUCCAUGUCUUGGAAAUUUUAGUGUCAACUUAUUAGUGUUGAAUCUGCAUAUAAACAAGUUGCAUGGCACAAUUCCUCUGACAUUUACAAAGGGAAAUUCAUUGAGGAAUCUCAACCUUAAUGGAAAUCAACUUGGUGGGAUAUUGCCGCAAUCUUUGGUUAGAUGUAAAAAGAUGGAAAUGUUAGAUGUUGGAAAUAACAAGAUGAAUGACACGUUUCCCUACUGGUUGGAAUCUCUUCCAAUGCUACAAGUUCUUAUCUUGAGAUCUAAUAGAUUUCAUGGUUCCAUAGAGGUUAGUCCCAAAACUGCACUUCCUUUCCGAAACUUGCGAAUCAUGGACCUCUCUGACAAUGAGUUCAGUGGUAAUUUGCCAACAAAAUAUUUCAAGAAUUUGUUGGCCAUGAUGGAUGCAUAUUCGGACCAAUUGACAUACAUGGAAGAAGAUCAAUAUUAUGAAUCUACCAUUGUGGUCAUAAAAGGCUUCUUUCAUGAAUUGGAGAAAAUUCAAACCAUUUUCACAACAAUUGACUUGUCCAAAAAUAAUUUUGAGGGAGAGAUUCCAAAGUUGAUCGGGAAGCUAAAGUCUCUUAAAGGGCUCAACUUUUCACAUAAUAAAUUGACUGGUCCUAUCCCAUCAACAUUGGAAAAUUUGAGUAACCUUGAAUGGUUAGACCUCUCUUCGAAUGAGCUUGUUGGAGAGAUUCCUCAACAAUUGACAAACAUGAUAUCUCUUGAAGUGUUAAACCUCUCAAAAAACAGAUUGGUUGGACCCAUACCUAGUGGCAAGCAAUUCAACACAUUCGAUAACACUUCAUACAGUGAAAAUAUGGGAUUAUGUGGAUUUCUAUUGUCUAAAAUAUGUGGCAAUAAUGAGGCACCACAAUCUCCGACCACAAAGUUCGAAGAAGAAGGUGGUUAUGGGUUUGACUGGAAGAUCAUCUUGGUGGGUUAUGGAUGUGGAAUCGUGAUUGGAGUAUCAUUGGGAUAU